AUGAUACCACCAACUACAUCAUCAUCAUCAACAACAACAACCAUAUCUACACCAUCUUCUUCUUCCCCACCACCUGUAACGCAAGAUACAUCAUCAACACUACAACCAUCUCGAAGGUAUCAUAUUAUUCCUGGAAAGUCAGCAUUAUCAGCCAUGAUUGCAGCAAAAGCAUCAUCAGCAGAAAACCCCUUUUCAGAAUACGCACAUGCUUCUGGAAAAGGAAGUAGUCAUCCCAUAACUUUAUGUGUUUAUCUUCCUCAUUCGACAACUCCUUCCAAACCUGUAUCGCUGGUCGUCAGGCCAGAUGCUAUUAUCGACGAUGUUAUUGGAUAUAUUUUAUAUGAUUAUGUGGAACAAAAAAGGAUGCCUGAAUUGGACCAAGAAGUUUAUGAUUUGGCUCAAUGGUUACUAUUGAUUGCGGAAGAUGACGGCGAAAUUGAAGAUGAUUUACCUGCUCCGGAUCGUACUCGAAGAAUUGAUAUGGUGAAUUUUGAUCAAUAUGCUCUUUGUCGUGCUAACCCAUCUCAAGCCAAACAAAAUGAACAAAUACGGGCAAAACUUGGUAGAUCGAAACCAGAUCUGGAAUCUCUUAACAAAAAACCAAGCAUGGUAUUGGGACCAACUAUCAAUGGUAUGCCUAUGACAGCGGCAGAUACUGAUUCAUCUUCGAUAGCGGUACCAGUGCCAUCAUCCAAGGCAGUAUUGACCAAGGCAGCACUUCCGAUGACGCCAAUCAAGUACUUUAGAAUUCGAUUGAUGACAAGCGAAGAAGUUGCAGCAACAACUACGAUUCCUGUAUCUGCGGAAAUGUUUAUUGGUGACGUACUAGAACUUGUAUCUCGUAAACGAAAACUGGAUCCCAAUGAAUAUAUUCUGACGAUUUCUGAUUCUAAUGUGGUGAUCUCUAAUGAUACAGCUGUACAAUAUUUGAAAGAUGUGGAAGAAUUGACCUUGACCAAGAAAGGAAACGCUUUGACAGUACCACCGUCAUCCUCCAAUCCUCUUUGGCGCUCUCCUAUCAAGAAAAGAAAAGAAGAUACUCAUGCACCUAUGUAUUUCAAUACUGGUGAUAUCAACAAACAACCUAGUGACAAUUUUCUUCAACAAUACAAGAAAUAUAAUGUCAAUCGAAAAACCCCCAUGUUUGUUGGAAAAAGGGUUAGUGUUCUCGCUAUUGACGGAAAUUACAUACAUUUGAUGCCUCCAGAACAUAAAGGAAUGUUUGAUUCAGUGAAAACGACUUCAUUCCAUGUUAGUGCAAUUCGAUCAUGCAAACAAAGUAAAAAGGUACCAAGCAAUUUCAAGAUUGGUGUGAUGAAAGAAAGGGAUUAUAAGACUUAUGAAUUGGAAGCAGAAACAUCCAAAGAAGCCUGUAAGUAA